GUGACGUCACGAGUGAGCUGUCAUCUCCUUUUCUACAUCCGGCUGCACUGGAUCACGGAUCUAGAGCCAGAUAAUGUCUGCAGUUUAAGCUGUUCCUAAGGAGACCAAUGAAAUAAACUGUUAUCAAAACUCAGGAAAUCAUUCAGUUGUGCGUUUAGCUUUCCGGCUAACUGGGCGGCAACUUGAGAGAGUAUCAUCUGGUAAAAUGUUGUCGGAAGGCAGUUCGUUUUUCAAGGGCAUGGUCCUGGGAGGAGUCUUCUGUUUGGUAUUGUCACUUUUUGGAACCUUCAGUCCAACAAUUCCCUUUCACCCAGAAGAACACCAUGACCACCACCAUCUCAAACCCAUCGGCAAAGACGAGAUGCAAAAGUUAAGCGAAGCUCAGGUGUCUGAACUCACCAAGCGGGUGCGAGUGUAUUGUAUCAUUAUGGUGACACCUAAGGAUUUAAUGUACUGGGUCACUGCCAACAACACUUGGAGCAAACACUGCGAUAAGUCUGUUUUCUACACCUCUGAAUCAGCCAAAGUAGUAGAGGCUGUUGAUCUGCAGGAAAAGGACGAGUGGGUUAGAUUGCGUAAAGCAAUCAAGCAUGCAUAUGAGCAUGCAGGUGGCCUCCACUGGUUCUUCAUCGCCCGGCCUACAACUUUCGCCAUCAUUGAGAACCUUAAAUAUCUGGUUCUGGUUAAGGAUCCCAGUCAGCCCUUUUACAUUGGCCAUGUGGAAAAGUCUGGUGAGCUGGAGUACGUGGAGUAUGACAGUGGCAUUGUGCUUAGCUAUGAGGCCAUGAAGAGACUCAUUGAAAGGUUUAAUGAUGAGAAUAAUUGCCCUGAGCAUGGUAAUAGCUUGUGGAAGGUGAAGGAAGAGAAGCAGCUUGCUAUAUGCCUGAAGUUCAGCGGUGUGUUCGCUGAAAAUGGAGAAGAUAUUCAUGGCAAGGGGCUCUUUAACAAAAAGAGUGUGAACACACUCAUUUCUGAAAGUAUAAGCCAGAACACAGACGAUGUUGUGGAGACAUGUUGCUCUGACAUGGCCAUCACAUAUGGUGGCAUGUCCCCCAGCCAGAUGCAGGUCAUGAUGUACGGAGUUUAUAGGCUGAGGGCGUAUGGACACAACUUUCAUGAUUCCUUGCUGUUUUUACCUCCAAAGGACUCAGACAAUGACUAAUCACUAACACUGUCCCUACUGAUGUACCAAAAAUGUUGUAUAAGUUGUUGACAAUGUUGACAGUGCUAAAGCUCACAUUGCCAGAGGAUCAAUGCACCACUGUAAACUGUUAGUUUAAAGAAAUGUGGUAAAGGAAUUUUUGUCAAAUAAAGUUUAAUAAUGCUCUUAGUUAGCAUUAUUCAACUUUGUUAUGGCUCCGAGAGAGUGCUGAACAUGCUGGAAUGUACAGUCUAACAUUUAGAAUCCAAUGUAUUUAGGACACAUUUUUCUUUCUCAACUUAACCUGGUGAAAUGUUUCUUCUUUUCCUCUUUGACAAAUUUUGGGGGAAUUUUUUAAUCCACUGAUAUGCUCUGGACACACUGCAUCACUGACCAGGAUAAAGCGGUUACUGAAAAUGAAUGAAUAUUUUAAAAAGUAUUUUUAUAGCCAGAGAUAGGAAAUGAAUCUGCACACAAGAUCAGAAACCCAAAGACAUGUUACAGCAUAUCUUGGGCUCAUAUACUUGAGCACCUAGAAAUAAUCUUUAUAACUGUGUUAUUUCUAAAUUGUUUACAUUAAUAUUGUACAGUAAAUAAUAGUGGGUGAAUGAAUGAAUGAAUGAAUAUUAAUGAAUAUUAAUUAAUACUAUUGUCUUAAUGAAGUACUGUUUAUGGUAAUGAUUAACCUGACUUCAUUGUUCCUGCAUUGGUUACAUUCAUAGGACCAUCAGAAUCAGAAAUCUUUUUAAUCUUUUUUUUUUUUUUUUUUUUAAGUUUUAAAAGAUUAAAUGCUGUUUUAGCAGUGCUGAACCAGGCUGUAAUGAAGGGUAUUACUUUGUAAUUAUGUUUUUGUUUUUAUGUGACUGUAGUUUGGCAGAGGUUUAUUCUAUAUGUGGGUAAAGAGAUGUGAAUUCAUGGGGUAUUUGUUUCUUUUCAAAACUAGAUUAAUUUGUUCAUUGCUUUAUGAUUAUCAGUGAAAACUGCUGAUUAGUUUAAAGUUGUGGGUAUUGGAUAUUGAUUAAAAUAAAACUUUCACAUUCUCAUACUUA